GUGUGUAGGAUUUGCUCCCCUAGCGACAAGACUUUGCCAGUACACUUUGAUACACACUUCAGGAAGUGUGUAUGAUUAGCCCCGCCCCUCCGCCCAUCCAGCCAAUGCGAAUCGUUCUUCUACUGCAGCAAGGCGGGUUUCUGUGCAACGUCAUCGCAGAUGUGCGCGCGCAGCCAGGGGGCCGAAAGCAGCAUUUGUCAUUUGUUUACCAGCGGAGUCAGCGGAGAACGAAAAUGACAAGGAGCUGUUGUGCUGUAAACUGCACGAAUCGGCAAAAGGAUGGAAGGAAACUGUUUAAUAUCCCGAGAGGAUCUCAUCCUUUUGCCAAGAGAAGAAGAAGAUUGUGGCUCCAGGCCAUUAAAAGGGCGGAUUGGGGUCCCGAAGGUCCUAAAGGCGGCGAGAGUCUGUGCAGCGCCCACUUCGUUUCUGGGUCACCGUCCAUGGAUUGUGAUAGUCCAGAUUUUGUUCCAUCCGUUUUUUCACACAGCAGCAACAGAGACAUCUCGGGAAAGGUGGCAAGAUAUGAAAGAAAGAGAAUAAGAGAUGAAGAUAAGGCCCCUGCUACCUGCCCCACAAGCCAGCCUGAAGCAGAUACUGUAGAUUAUUCUGAAGAUGAAUGUAAGUUUGUGUCCAGAAAAGAGAUGCACCAACUCAACCUGCAGUACAACCAGCUCCGUGAUGAUUAUGAAGCUCUGAAAAGAGAACUGUAUGCCACACAGGAAGAAAAUAAACAUCUGAAGGAGCAACUGAAGCAGUCCAAGUUUGGGUUUGAUUCCAUAAAAGACACAAAUGCUAAAAUAAUUUUUUUUACUGGUUUACAAUCAUUACAAAUGGUUAUGUGGCUGCUGGAUAUUGUAAAAAGAAGCACACUUGUGCUUAAGGGUGGGUUAAGUUGGGAGAACCACCUCCUUUUGGUUCUAAUGAAAGUAAGACUUGGACUCACCAACAGAGACCUUGCCUACAGAUUUGGGCUUCCAUUCUCAACUGUAUCAAAAAUACUAAGAGACUGGAUACCCAUGUUGUCCUCAAUAGUGAAACCUUUGAUAAUGUGGCCUAGUAAGGAUGCAGUGAGAGCAAACAUGCCAAAGUGUUUUAAACCCAAAUUUAGGAAUUGUCGAUGUAUUAUAGACUGUACUGAAAUCUUUAUAGAAAGAACACACAAUCUUAAAGCAAGGGCUGAAACCUGGUCAAAUUAUAAGCACCAAAACACAAUGAAAUAUCUAAUAGGAAUCACACCAGCAGGAGCUAUAUCUUUUUUGUCUAGUGGGUGGGGAGGUCGUGCCUCUGACAAGGUAAUAACUUUAGAUUCUGCCUUUUUGGGUAAACUUGAGCAUGGUGACGAGAUCCUUGCAGAUAGAGGUUUCCUUGUUAGAGAGGAUUUGGCCAGUGUAGGAGCAACAUUAAGAAUACCAAGUUUCACGAAGGGGAAAUCUCAAUUGCCAGGUUCUUGUGUUGACACUUCACGUCAGUUGUCAAGAGUCCGCAUACAUGUGGAACGAGUUAUUGGUCAGCUUAAAACCUUUAAGAUACUGAACACUGUCAUACCCAUCAGCCAAGUCGAUAUGCUAGAUGACAUUUUGACCAUAUGUGCUGGUCUUACGAACCUUAGGGGGGCUGUGGUGGCCCGGCGAUAACUGUGUUCAGAGUCAAGGAGGUGUACAUUAUUUUCCAUGAUUGUGUCAGGCUUUUAAGGGCUAAUGAGGGCAAUGGUGGUCACUUACUACUUGCUCUCACUGUCUCUCUCACUUACUCAUCACUCUCUUUCUCUCUGACUAUAAAAUUAAUAACAGUUAUGAAUAACUAAAUUUGAUCAGACAGGAUCAUUCAGAGUACAAAAAGGUUGAGAACCACGCACGCAGAACUAUUUCAUUUAUUUAUGAUAAUGGAGAAACUGCGUUUAAAGCUGACAUGGCAAAUAUUGAACAUGAACUGAAUGUUGUAAAUGCAAUAUAUUGAAGGCAAUGCAAUUAAAAUUAAAUGUACAUCUCAACAAUGAAUGAGUGUACAUAAUUAAUACUAUAUGAACUCAUUUAACAUUUAUACCUGGUCAUUUUUUUUUUCUAGCUUUCAACUAAGUUUUGAGUAUUAUCAUUGUCUGCCGAACUCAAACUGCACUUCUUUCUGGAGAUGAACAAUAUAUAUCAGUGCUGUUUGUGAUUUUACGUAAAUGUACAUUCAGAAAAAAAUAAAUGAACACUUAAAGCGUCAGAUGUGUUGUUUGUUUGUUGUUGUGUUGACAGUAAUGAAGUCAGUUAGAUUUUGUCAGGUGUACCUAUCCAUCUUGCUCAUUACAUCAGUUUUUUCUUAAAUGCUGUUGUCCAGCAUCCAGUAUUUAUAUGCACGCAAACUGUCCUUAGUGUACACACUAGGCUUCUCAAUCAGAUAACUGUAUAUGUCGGGCCAUGAGCUGGCCAUUUGGACAUAUCUGCAAUCCAUUCCUCACUCGGAAUACUAUAUGGGUCUGGUAAUUUCUCACCAGUGCUGAGGACCAGUUUGUUCAGGUAAUCGGUGAAGUCUGAGCUGCUGAGGCUGUUGAGAUGUAAUUAGUCUGAGCCAUCUCUGUCAAGACCUAGCUAACAAGCUGUCACAAUUAAAAAAAUAUUAAUAUAUAGAAUAACCAAAUUUUAUUUUGUAAAAUGUUUUUGUUGCAGUUAACGUUUGUCUGGAGGAAUUUCAAAAUAAAACAAAAUAUAGACUCAUACAAACGAAAUCCUGCUUAAUCAUCACCUAUGGGCUUCUACCAUACAGUAUGGCUUCUACUCAUGUGGUGGUAACUCUGAGUGCAUGUUUGGUGACUUCUUCAGCCAAUGACAGCGUAGGAGAAGUUAGGGUCCCCCACAUGGGGUCACGUCUGAUCUGAGCCGCUGCUUGCAGACCAACACAUUCUCACUCCGAGCGCGUCGAUUUCUGACGAAC